AUGUCGACAGGGGCACCGUCGCUAAGCGUGGAUCUUAAUCCCAUAUCCAAUGGGCAUAACCACAGUCAUAGUCGCGGUCACGGCCACUCUCGAUCCAAUCGCUGGGCGCAACCUCCGCCCCUCUCACAGCCAACUGACGCCAGCCUUCCUGAAAUCCCAGAGCCAACUAAUGCUGUGAAUUCGAGUUAUUCGUAUGGGCAUACACAGCAAGGAUCUGGUUAUAGCCAUCAUGCACACUCGCACUCCGGCGCGCAUCACAAUCACAACCAUAGCGUGUCGUCCAUUCGCCACAGUUCGAAAGGUUCCAAUGUUGUUCAUGGAACCUUGUCUGCAGAAACAAAUAUUCAGGCAGACUAUACUCCAGAUAAGAGUGCCGAAGUUCUGAGUGGCACAGUCAUCGUACUGCCAUGGAUUGCGCUUUCCUGGUGCCAAAGACAAUAUGCCCAAAACAAUACGUCCGCCGAAGGUAUUCCUGAUACAACCGUGAUCAAUUCUAUCGGACAAAUUGGUCAAAAGACCUGCCUUUUGACAGCAAUGACCCUCGUUCUCUUCGGUUGUAGCCAGAUAAUACGGGUCAACUAUAAGAAGACUGCUUCAUCCGGUCGCUCGUCCACUAAAUUCCCAACAUUGAAUGCCAGAAGCAUUCAAGCCUCGCUUUCACAAAUAGUUUCGGUGGCACUUCCAAUAUUUGCAGCAUUCAAGAUUGGUGGCUUUUUGGUGGCAUUUGCGCUGCUCCUUGCGUCAGCGACGGGAAUACCAGCCAUCAUCAGUGGAUCCUCGCGCAGUCGGGAGAAAUACAGCCGGAAGCCUAUCUCUAUCGCCCUUCUUCUAGUGGCUAUUGUAUCCAGUUUCCUAGGGCUAAAUCGUGCUUGGGAUGUAUCACCAGUCAUCGGAUAUGUUGCCCUCUUAGGAUCUGUAUUCGUUGUUCCUCCUCCAUUCCCUUUCCUCUGUCACAAUGGACCCAUUCCUGAACCAGGUCUUGUUGCUCCAUCAAGCAAGUCCUCGGACUCGAAUGGCACUUCUGUUGUGCUUACAACCGAUGCACCACUGGCCGUCAUAGGCGGGUCGUCCCUCGCACUACUCACCAUGCUCUUCAAUCGAGGAUUUGUCUUCAGCGUCUCAGAUUUGAUAUAUUUCCUGGUUCCUACUGGUCUUUUCGCUCUAUCACUCAUGAUUUCCUUGCCCACGAGCCUCCGCUCCCCAAAUAAAAUUGGACUUGGCAUCUGCGUUGGAGUUGCAGCUUUGCUGUGCUCCCCACAUGCACAGGAUGACCUCCUCCUGGUUUAUGUCGCGCGUGUCAUCUUGGCCACGGCCUCUUUGUUCGCGUCUCGGCGGGAUGACGCCCAUUUCAAUAUGGAUACGCAUGCACAUAACCACACGCACGGUCAUUCCCAUUCACACACAGCAUCAGAAUCUUCCCGUAUAUCCAAGUGGCUCCUCCACAAAAGCGAACCAUAUCCCUUGCUGCACAGCAUUCUUAAGGAGAAGGACUCUCGUAGCAUUUUCUACUUUAUGUGCCUGAACUUUACUUUCAUGCUUGUCCAAUUAUCGUAUGGGUUUCUGACUGGGUCACUGGGGCUGCUUAGUGAUAGUAUUCACAUGUUCUUUGAUUGUCUUGCACUUGUCGUUGGCUUAUGUGCCGCUGUCAUGAGUAAAUGGCCUCCGAAUGCUCGAUUCCCCUAUGGUUAUGGUAAGGUUGAUACUUUGUCUGGAUUUGCCAAUGGGAUUUUCCUCAUGAUCAUCAGCAUUGAAAUCAUUUACGAGGCGGCGGAACGGCUGUCAUCGGGGAGUGAAAUGCAGCGUAUCGGUGAGCUCUUGAUUGUCAGCAUUGCUGGUCUUGCAGUGAAUCUGGUUGGGAUCUUCAGUUUCGAGCAUGGUCAUGCUCAUCACGGCCACGAUCAUGGUCAUGAUCAUUCUCAUGGCAAUGAGAACAUGCACGGAAUCUUCUUGCACAUCCUCGCUGAUACGCUUGGUUCAGUUGCCGUCGUGAUUUCCACCAUUCUCGUACAUUAUUCUGGUUGGGCCGGCUACGAUCCAUUGGCAUCAUGUUUCAUUGCCAUAUUGAUCUUUGCAUCGGCCGUUCCUCUAGUGAGCAGUACGGCCAAGACACUGCUGCUCACCCUGCCAGCCGAUACGGAAUAUAAUGUUCGGGAAACGCUGGCGGGGGUCAGUACCUUGAGAGGCGUGGUCAGUUACACAGUACCCAAGUUUUGGCUCGAUGAUACAGGAGUAUCUUCUGGGCAUAGCCAUUCGCACGACCAUUCCAGCCAUGGGGAUUGUGACCAUAACCAUAACCACCACCAUCAUGGUCAUGAUCACGAGCAUCACCAUAGCCAUGAUCAUCACAAUCAUUCUCAUGAUCACGGCCAUGAUCACGGCCAUGACCACGACCAUGCGCAUGAUAAGAAGCCUCAGAACGUUUUCGGGGUGAUCCAUGUCGUUGCUUCUCGGGGUGCGGAUUUGGAAGACGUACGUCAACGGACUGUCGACUUCCUUCGUGAGAAAAAUAUGGAUAUUCUCGUCCAAGUUGAGCGUGAUGGAGAUGCACGUUGCUGGUGUGGCGGUGGAAGCAAGGGCCUUUAA